CUGAAUUCAAAUCCUGCUGUUCUACUGCAGACCGAAAUGGCUACCUAUCUGAAACAGAUGGCUGAGUAUAAACGGGCGAUGUUCCAGGAUGACGAAGCACCGGACGCUGCUGCAGAUGGGAGCACCUCUCCGGAUGGUGUGGAGGUGGGCUUCAGGAAGAGCAAUGCUCCCCUGCUGAGUCGCCUGAGCUCCAGAUCCCAGCUAAAGUUGGCACUGUGUGCCAUCCCCCUCUUUGUGGUGCUGCUGCUGCUGGGUUCGGUCAUUGCCAUGGGCAUCCAGUACAGCAGAGAUCCGUCCCAUACCACUUGCCUGACCGAAGCCUGCAUCAUCGUGGCCAGCAAAAUCCUGGAAGCUCUGGACCGAGAGGUCAACCCCUGCGACGAUUUUUACCAGUACGCUUGCGGGGGGUGGAUCAAGAGGAACCCGCUGCCCGACGGACGCUCCAAAUGGAGCACGUUCAACAGCAUUUGGGACCAAAACCAGGCCGUUAUGAAACACCUGCUUGAGAAUGCCACUUUCAACUCCAGCAGCGAGGCAGAACGGAAGACCCAGCGCUAUUACCUGUCUUGCCUGAAGGAGCAAAAGAUCGAGGAGCAGGGCUCCCAGCCGCUGAUGGAUCUCAUUGAGAAGAUUGGAGGUUGGAGCAUCACUGGCCCCUGGAAUCAGACCAACUUCAUGGACGUCUUGAAACUGGUGUCGGGGACAUACCGGGCUUCUCCAUUCUUUACUGUUUUCGUGGGGGCUGAUUCCAAAAGCUCAAAUAGCAACAUCAUCCAGGUGGAUCAAUCAGGCCUUUUCUUGCCCUCACGCGAUUACUACCUAAACAGGACCGCCAAUGAGAAGGUACUUACUGCUUACCUGGAGUACAUGGUGGAGCUGGGAAUGCUGUUGGGCGGGGCCAAAGCCUCGACAGAAGAGCAGAUGCAACAGGUGCUGGAGUUGGAGAUCCAGCUGGCCAACCUCACUGUCCCCCAAGAUGAGCGGCGGGACGACGAGAAGAUUUACCACAAGCUGAGCAUUGCCGAGCUGCAGGCCCUGGCUCCUGACAUCAACUGGUUGGACUUCAUGUCCUACUUCCUCUCGCCUCUAGAACUGACGGACGCUGAGCCCGUGGUGGUUUAUGGCCGGGAGUACUUGCAGCAAGUCUCCCAGCUCAUCAACGCCACCGACAAAAGCGUCUUAAACAAUUACAUGAUUUGGAAUCUGGUUCAGAAAACGGCCUCCAGUUUGGACCAACGCUUUGAGACCGCCCAGGAGAAGCUGUUGGAGACUUUGUAUGGAACCAAGAAGUCCUGCACCCCUCGCUGGCAAACCUGCAUCUCCAACACGGACGAUACUUUGGGGUUUGCCCUCGGCGCUUUGUUCGUGAAAGCCACCUUCGAUCGGCACAGCAAAGAGAUUGCCGAGGACAUGAUCGCUGAGAUACGCACAGCCUUCGAGGAAUCCCUGGACCAGCUCGACUGGAUGGAUGAGAAGACGAGGCAAGCGGCCAAAGAGAAGGCUGACUCGAUUUAUGACAUGAUCGGAUUCCCGGAGUUCAUCCUGGACGACAAAGAGCUGGAUGACGUCUACGAUGGGUAUGACGUCUCUGAGGACUCCUUCUUCCAGAACAUGUUGAACUUCUACAAUUUCUCAGCCAGGUUCAUGGCUGACCAGCUGCGGAAGCCGCCCAACCGGGACCAGUGGAGUAUGACCCCACAGACAGUCAACGCGUACUAUCUGCCCACCAAGAACGGCAUCGUCUUCCCUGCCGGAAUCCUGCAAGCUCCCUUCUAUGCUCGCAACCAUCCCAAGGCCCUCAAUUUUGGAGGCAUCGGUGUGGUGAUGGGGCAUGAGCUCACCCAUGCUUUCGAUGACCAAGGCCGAGAGUAUGACAAGGAAGGGAACUUGCGCCCCUGGUGGCAGAACUCGUCGCUGGAGGCCUUCAAGAACCGGACAGAGUGCAUGAUGGAGCAGUACAGCAAGUACCUUGUCAACGGGGAGCACGUCAACGGCAGGCAGACCUUGGGCGAGAACAUCGCUGACAACGGGGGACUGAAGGCGGCCUAUAAUGCUUACAAACUCUGGCUGAAGAAGAACGGGGAGGAGAAGCGCCUGCCAUCCGUGGACCUCACCAGCCACCAACUCUUCUUCCUUGGAUUUGCACAGGUGUGGUGCUCCGUCCGUACCCCCGAGAGCUCUCACGAGGGCCUGGUGACCGAUCCGCACAGCCCAGACAAGUUCCGGGUCAUCGGUACCCUCAGCAACUCCCGUGACUUUGUCGAGCACUUCGGGUGCCCGGUGGACUCCCCCAUGAAUCCUGGCAAGCACUGUGAAGUGUGGUAGAGCUGGACGGAGAGGCAGGAGUCUGUACAUAUCUACGGCUGCCCCCUGCACAACCCCAGCACAUGGGAGCUAAGCUGAGCCCUGGCGCCUGCCCUUGGAGAGCUGCUCUGGGGAGCAGUGGACAGUCUUGCUGCGGCAGCUUUGGUGGGCACAGUGGGCCUCAGGCUCUUUCCCCUUUGUCACCUGGAGAAAGGUGCAGCUUAUCCGCCUCUCCCUGCCAAGCUCCUUUUCACUUGGGGGGAGCUCCCAAAGCACAGCUCCACGCUUAUUAGCUAAGAGCGUCAUCCGCUCCUCCAUCGGCCUUGCCAAAAAUCUCCUCGGCUUUAGUUCGUCACCUUUGUCUUGUCCAGGUCCUAACUCCCUAGACCCCAGCACCUCGGACUUUUUUGUUGUGUUCAUUCCAGCUUUCUAGGUCAGGCGCUGGUGCAGAUCAGAGAUAGUCGGGCUUUCAGACAGCUGCCUUCGCUUGUAGGGCGAGAGCACGUGAUAGGGAGAACACCAUUGGCUACUGAUAACUGUUUUGGAGGCCCACAGAGUUGAAUAAGUCAGGGAACUUCAAGCUGAGGGUGGGGGGGGGGGGAUAGAGAUCUGGAAGAGACGGCAGGACAAAAACAACUUUUGCCAUACCCUGGGGUGUGUAAGAGUACAGAAGAUCCCUGCUAGAUCAAAACAAGAUCUCUCUAGGCCUGCAUCCUGUUUUGCACCCAGGGCCAGCCAAAUAAUUUGCAGGGCUUCGUUGGAAGGCAAGUGCCCUUUCCUGGGUUUUUUUUUCUUUCUGUACCUUGUUUUCAGCAGUUCCAUUUAGCUAAUAGCCAUUGAUGGACCUUUUCUCCAUCGAGCUUUUUAUAAAGCCAUCUCCACGGCUGGCCUUCAUGAUUUCCUGUCCUCUUCAGUGGAUGGAACGUAGCUGAAAUUUGGUUGGCUACCCUAGAGCAUCCCCUGAAGAAGUGAAUAUAGGGUGCCAUCUCUGUUUCCUACACUAUGAGUGUCCAAAGAAGCAACCCGGCUCUGAGUUCGGGAGAAGCAGGGACCGUGCACCGCCUGCUCGCUUGAGCUACAGAACUGAUGUGCUGCGUGUCGCUUUUUUCUAGUUUUAGGUAUAGCAAAGGGAGUUGAGCCGCACAGGCAUAGACACAAUUCCAUCCAGUCGCUGGGGAGAGAUGAACGUCUUUCAGCAAGCGUUGCACCCGCCAAGCGUCACUCUCCUUGCUCUCCUUCGCCAAGAAAGAUCCCCCACCUCUGCCCUUAGAUGAUUUCAGGGCAGUUACGGAAUGCCCUACUGAAAGCACACAAACCACACGGCAUCUGGGCAUUUGGAGGGGGGGGGCUCUGAUCCCAAGAACGAGGGGGCUGGCUUGGCUUCGGAGAAAUCCCCCCCCCCCCCCAACCCUCAUUUCCAGGCUCACAAUCAGUUUCAGACUAGCUUGGCUUAGAAAUUCCCAACACGUUCCCAUCCCUUUGGGCUUGGUGGGGUUUAGUGCCUUGGAUUAGUAAGUGUGCGUGUGUUUGGGAGGGGGAAUGGUGCU